AUGGACUCUGUUCGACAAGACAUCCCAGACUAUGAUGUCGUCCCUGGCACUGUCUAUCUGGUGCAAGGUGCACACCAAGACGGCUUCUCCUCGAAAGACAUCAUCUUGAUGCCCACACCAUCGAGUGACCCUCGAGACCCUCUUCGUUGGUCGAAGUGGCGAAAGGCUUAUCACCUCUUCCUCCUGGUAUUCUACAGCGCGACUCUUGGAGCCGUUACCAACUGUGAUUCUGUCGUGUAUCUCAAUCUGGUACAGAUCUAUCGCACCGACAUCAACAGUCUGAACUAUGCUGGAGCAGUGAUGUUGUUGCUGCUUGGAGUCGGAAACGUCUUCCUAGUUCCGAUGUCUAACAUCUUGGUGUCCGAGAUCUGGAUGGCUGUCUCGAAAGAGUACGGCGAAUAUUGGGGCGUGAACAUACGCCUGGGGUCUUCACCUUUUGAGGCACUGCCAGCCAUUUCCAUCUCGGACAUUUACUUUGCCCACGAACGCGGCGGCAAGCUCGGAGCCUACGUCUUUGGCCUGGCUUUCGGAAGCUUUGUCGGUCCAGUUUGCGGUGGCUACAUGGUCACUGGUCAGAGUGUUAGAUGGAUGUACUGGUGGGGCGUUUUGUUUUUGGGCGUCUUGCUCGUGCUAUUCUUCUUCACGUUCGAAGAAACACACUUCAUCCGACCUUUGGACUCGCACGACGAAGCUCUGAUCAGCACUGCCGACAUGCCCGAGCUUGACAAGAAGUUGACAAACCAGUCCAUGUACAAAGAGCCGGACAGCCAGAGCACACACCAACACUCUGAAGCCAUUGUUGGGGAAGUCUUCGAUGCGGAAGGAUUCAAGAUCCACUGGCUAGCAGUCAUGGGCACAACCGUCGCCUUGAUCUUCGCGCCGCCCCCUUACCUGUUCUCAAACAGUGCCAUAGGCCUGGUCUGGUUCGCACCACUUAUCGGCUCUCUUAUCGGCGCGUACUUUUCGGGUCCGCUGAACGAUCGGCUUACAGUAUACCUCAGCAACCGCAACAGAGGUUGGAGAGAGCCAGAGUACCGCUUGUGGGCUUUCAUUCCCAGCGCGUUCAUCAUGCCAGGAGGAUUGAUCAUAUACGGCGCUACCGCUGCUCACGGCCUGCACUGGAUUGCGCCAGUCUUUGGCAUGGGCCUCGUCGGUUUCGGUCUCAGUGUCGGCGGCACGGUAACCAUAAGUUACAUCCUCGACUCGUACAAAGAGAUUGACACGCAGGUCGUGACCACUAUCAUCCUCAUCAGAAACAUCAUCGGUUUCGGCGUCUCUUUCGGCAUCCAGUCAUGGAUCCAAGGCAUGGGACUGCAGAAUGCUUUCGUGGUAAUCGGCUGUUUGAGCUUUGCCGCCACCAUAUUCGCACUCUUCUUCAUCAUGUUCGGAAAGAAGAUGCGAAAGUGGACUACCUCACAAUACCAGCAUCUGAUCAAGACGAAGGCCAUGUAG